UGAAACCCACCCAUGAUAUGGACACUUCUGAGGCGUCCUCCAAUCUCUGCUCAGCCUUCAGGACAGCUGAUCUUGAGAGAGUUGAGUUCCAACCCUCUAGGGAGAUUUUUCUCCAUCACCACAAACAGUUCCUGGGCAGGAAGGAGAGGAAGACGGCGAGGGGACUUUCCUCCUACUCCUAUGACCAUCAUCCCUGCCCUUCCCUCAGAGACGCUCCUCUUUCCCGCGCUUUGCAGGGAAUCCUGUAGAUUUACGCAGAAUCCACUAGGGGGCGCCUUCUGCCAAGAGAAGGGAAAAUCAGGGACUUCCCCAUUGGCCCACCGGAGGACGAAAGACACGCCUACCUUUGGAGAGGAGGCUGGGAAGGAAAUGACAUCAUAGAGCCUUGCCCCUCUAGGACCUUGCACUCGCUCUCCUUAACCCCUGGGGCUCCGCGGAGGCGGAGAGGCUGCGGGAGAGUCUGGCUGGGAAGACCUUGAUGUGUCCCGGAUACUGAAACUCGAAGCCAUUUGUAAUCCUUGGAAGGCAAACUUUUCUCGUGGAAUAAAAAAAAAGAGCGAAAUAACUUGGAGGGAUCAGAGUCCUGAGGCACCAGAAAUGGUCCUGUGAAGGAAAAGGCAUCUGGAGACCCAGAAGAGUCCUUGGAGCCAUUUGGAGUUGCUCUGCAGGAGAGAGAAAGGAUGGAGACACAACCUUUGGGAAAGGAUGGAAGCGGAAAAGAUCCUUCAGCUGCUCAGCCUGGGAAGCUCUGGACAAGGACUGGGCAGAAGAUCCUGGAGGAAGAAACCAUCCUCCCUUCAGAAGUUCAACCCUGGAAUUUCAUCCAAUACCGGGAGGCUGAGGGUCCCCGAGGACUUUGCAGCCGACUCCAUGACUUUUGCAGGCGAUGGCUGAGACCAGAAAAGCACACCAAAGCCCAGAUGCUGGACCUGGUGGUUCUGGAGCACCUCCUGUUCCUUCUGCCCCCAGAGAUGGAGGGCUGGGUGAGGGAAUGUGGAGCAGAGACCAGCUCCCAGGCGGUGGCCCUGGCUGAAGGCUUCCUCCUGAGCCAGGUGGAGGAGCAGAAGGAGCAGGUCGACUUGCAGGGCUGCACUGUGGAAAUAAAGGAUCCUGAGGGAAAGAAGAAUCCAUCAAAGGCCCCUCAGGAGCUGUUUUUCAGGAGGAUCCCUUGUGAAGAUCAAAGCCAGGACACUUCAGGAGAGAAACAAAGCAUGAAGUUUUCUGGUUUUUACGAUGGAGCUCAAACAGUAGUUGAACUUCCAAAUCAAGAGAGUCUUGUGUCCUUUGAGGAGGUGGCUGUGUAUUUCUCUGAGGAGGAAUGGUCUCAGCUGGAUCCUGACCAAAAAGCGCUGCAUUCGGAAGUCAUGCUGGAAAACCAUAGGAAUGUGGUCUCUCUGGGUAAUAAUGGGCAGGAGAAUCAAGACUCUUAUGAACUGUUCCAAGUGAUCAAUGCUAAAGAUGAAAUGGAGAACUUUGAAAUUCAAAUGGAAUUAGAAAGCCAUGAGAGAAACCAGUCAAAUAAUUGGAAUCAGGAUAGCUCAUCUUCCACUGAUGCUCCGAUGCAAGAUUUUCAUGUCCAACAAGAGAAAAUUAGGAAAGAAUAUAUUGGGAAAAGUAUGAAAGAAAAAGUAUUAACCGAAAACAAAGGAGAAGAUGCUAUAAGCCAGAGCGGAAAGAAUUACAAUGGGACAUUGAUUCUUUCUCUUCGAAAUAUCUUCCUUACAUCUCAAAAAAUGAUUCACACAAAAAAGGAGCCUUAUAAAUGUUUGGAAGCUGGAAAACAUUUUAGAUCAAGCGGUCAACUUACUUCCCAUGAAAGGAUUCACACUGCAAAGAAACAGUGUUCAGAAUCACCUGUAGCCCAUGCAGCCCAGUCCCUCCAAGCAGCAGGAGAGAAAUCCUAUAAAUGCAUGGAGUGUGGGAAAGCCUUUACUCGUAGCAGGGAACUUACUAUCCACAAAAAGCUCCACACAGGAGAGAAACCAUAUAAAUAUGUGACAUGUGGAAAGACCUUUGCUCAGAGCAGUGGACAUACUAUGCAAAAAAAGAUCCACACAGGGGAAAAGCCAUUUAAAUGCAUAGAGUGUGGAAAGACUUUUACUCAAAAAGGUCAUCUUAUUUCCCAUAAGAUGAUCCACACAGGGGAAAAGCCAUUUAAAUGCAUGGAAUGUGGACAGACCUUUGCUCACAGAGGUAAUCUUAUUUCCCAUAAGAUGACCCACACAGGGGAGAAACCAUAUAAAUGCAUGGAGUGUGGAAAGACCUUUGCUCGAAGAGGUCAUCUUAUUUCCCAUAAGAUGAUCCACACAGGGGAGAAGCCAUAUAAAUGCAUGGAGUGCGGAGAAACCUUUACUCAUAAAAAUAGUCUUAUUUGCCAUCAGGUGAUCCACACAGGGGAGAAGCCAUUUAAAUGCAUGGAGUGUGGAAAGACCUUUGCUCUGAGCAGUAGACUUACUAUCCAUAAAAAUAUCCACACAGCGGAAAAACCAUUUAAAUGCAUGGAGUGUGGAAAGACCUUUGCUCAAAGAGGUCAUCUUAUUUCCCAUAAGAUGAUCCACACAGGGGAGAAGCCCUAUAAAUGCAUGGAGUGUGGAAAGACCUUUGCUCAAAGAGGUCAUCUUAUUUCCCAUAAGAUGAUCCACACAGGGGAAAAGCCAUUUAAAUGCAUGGAGUGUGGAAAGACCUUUGCUCACAGAGGUAAUCUUAUUUCCCAUAAGAUGAUCCACACAGGGGUGAAGCCAUAUAAAUGCAUGGAAUGUGGAAAGACUUUUGCUCGAAGAGGUCAUCUUAUUUCCCAUAAGGUGAUCCACACAGGGGAGAAGAGGUAUAAAUGCAUGGAGUGUGGAGAAACCUUUACUCAUCAAAGUAGUCUUAUUUCCCAUCAGGUAAUCCACACAGAGGAGAAUCCGUUUAAAUGCAUGGAGUGUGGAAAGACCUUUGCUCUGAGCAGUAGACUUACUAUCCAUAAAAAGAUCCACACUGAGGAAAAACCAUUUAAAUGCAUGGAGUGUGGAAAGACCUUUACUCGAAGAGGUCAUCUUAUUUCCCAUAAGAUGAUCCACACAGGGGAGAAGCCGUAUAAAUGCAUGGAAUGCGGAGAAACCUUUACUCAUAAAAGUAGUCUUAUUUCCCAUCAGGUGAUCCACACAGGGGAGAAGCCGUUUAAAUGCAUGGAGUGUGGAAAGACCUUUGCUCUGAACAGUAGACUUACUAUCCAUAAAAAGAUCCACACAGGGGAAAAACCAUUUAAAUGCAUGGAGUGUGGAAAGACCUUUGCUCGAAGAGAUCAUCUUAUUUCCCAUAAGAUGAUCCACACAGGGGAGAAGCCAUAUAAAUGCAUGGAAUGUGGAAAGACCUUUGCUCAAAGAGGUAAUCUUAUUCGCCAUAAGAUGAUCCACACGGGAGAAGGCCCAUUUAAAUGCAUGGAGUGUGGAAAGACCUUUGCUCACAGAGGUAAUCUUAUUUCCCAUAAGAUGAUCCACACAGGGGUGAAGCCAUAUAAAUGCAUGGAAUGUGGAAAGACUUUUGCUCGAAGAGGUCAUCUUAUUUCCCAUAAGGUGAUCCACACAGGGGAGAAGAGGUAUAAAUGCAUGGAGUGUGGAGAAACCUUUACUCAUCAAAGUAGUCUUAUUUCCCAUCAGGUAAUCCACACAGAGGAGAAUCCGUUUAAAUGCAUGGAGUGUGGAAAGACCUUUGCUCUGAGCAGUAGACUUACUAUCCAUAAAAAGAUCCACACUGAGGAAAAACCAUUUAAAUGCAUGGAGUGUGGAAAGACCUUUACUCGAAGAGGUCAUCUUAUUUCCCAUAAGAUGAUCCACACAGGGGAGAAGCCGUAUAAAUGCAUGGAAUGCGGAGAAACCUUUACUCAUAAAAGUAGUCUUAUUUCCCAUCAGGUGAUCCACACAGGGGAGAAGCCGUUUAAAUGCAUGGAGUGUGGAAAGACCUUUGCUCUGAACAGUAGACUUACUAUCCAUAAAAAGAUCCACACAGGGGAAAAACCAUUUAAAUGCAUGGAGUGUGGAAAGACCUUUGCUCGAAGAGAUCAUCUUAUUUCCCAUAAGAUGAUCCACACAGGGGAGAAGCCAUAUAAAUGCAUGGAAUGUGGAAAGACCUUUGCUCAAAGAGGUAAUCUUAUUCGCCAUAAGAUGAUCCACACGGGAGAAGGCGUAUAAAUGCAUGGAGUGUGGAAAGACCUUUGCUCUGAGCAGUAGAUUUACUAUCCACAAAAUGAUCCACACAGGAAAAACCAUUUAAAUGCAUGGAGUGUGGAAAGACCUUUCCUCAGAAUAGUAAUCUUCUCAUAAAAGGAUCCAUACUCGGGAGAAAGUAUAUAGCAAUAGUAAUUCCAUUUAUAUACCACUCCACAAUGCACUGUCUGAGCAGUUCACAAAAUCAGCAUAUUGUCCCCAGCAAUCUGAGUCCUCGUUUUACUGUCCUCAAAAGGUUGAAACACUGACUCAGCAAUGAGCCCGUCAGGAUCGAACUCUUGGCUGUGGGCAAUUAGCUUCUAGUACUACAUUUUAACCUCUACCCACCAUGUCUAUAGAUUUUUAUCUAUAUGCAUAUUGUGCCUUUCUGAUCCAAAUGAGACAAGAUUGUAUCCAACAAAGUGAAAUUUAAUGUGGAGAAAAGUAAAGUAUUUCACCUGGGCGGGAAAAACAGAUUACAUGAAACCUGGCUCAAAUACAGUAAUUCUGAGAGUGGCCUUGGAGUCCUAAUGAAUGAUCACUUAGAUAUGAGUCAACUGUGUGCGGCAGCAGCCAAAAAAGCUAAGACAAACCUUGGUUGUAUAAACAGGCAUAGAAUCAAAAUCACCUAUUAGUACCAUUUUUAUAAAGCCUUAGUAAGACCACACUUGGCCUGAACACUAAAACAUGAAGAAUUGUUGCAGGAUUUUGGUUUGGCUAGUCUAGAGAAAAGAAGGAUUAGGAGUGAUAGCAGUAUUCGAUGACUUUUUUUUAAUUAUUAUUAUUUUUUUACAUUUAUAUCCCGCCCUUCUCUGAAGACUCAGGGCGGCUUACAGUGUAUAAGGCAAUAGUCUCAUUCUAUUUGUAUAUUUACAAAGUCAACUUAUUGCCCCCCCAACAAUCUGUCCUCAUUUUACCUACCUUAUAAAGGAUGGAAGGCUGAGUCAACCUUGGGCCGGGCUUGAACCUGCAGUAAUUUCCUGCCUGGGCAGGGGGUUGGACUAGAAGGCCUCCAAGGUCCCUUCCAACUCUGAUGUUAUGUUAUGUUAUGUUAUGUUACUGUGUUCUAAUAACAGGCUCCUUACAGCCUGAGCUAUCCCACCCUUCUCCGAAGACUCAGUGCGGCUUACAAUGUGUUAAGCAAUAGUCUUCAUCCAUUUGUAUAUUAUAUACAAAGUCAACCUAAUUGCCCCCAACAAUCUGGGUCCUCAUUUUACCUACCUUAUAAAGGAUGGAAGGCUGAGUCAACUUUGGGCUUGGUGGGACUUAAACUUGCAGUAAUUGCAAGCAGCUGUGUUAAUAACAGACAGACUUAGUCCUUUGAGCCACCAGAGGCCCUUCAGAGCUUCCACAAAGAGGAGGGGGUCAAUUUAUUUUCCAAAGCACCAGAGGGCACAACAAGAAACAAUGCCUGUGAACUAGUCAAGGAAAGAAGCAACCUGGAAUUAACAAUCUUCCUUAUAGUGAGGACAACCAGUGCAACAGCUUUCCUUCAAACAUUGUGGGUGCUUCAUAACUGGACGUUUUAAGAAGACGUUUGAUAGUCACUUGUCUGCUAUGGUAUAAGACAGGGGUCAGCAACCUGCAGUUCUGGAGCUGCAUGUGACUCUUUCACCCCUCUGCUGUGGCUUCUUGUCACUCAAAAUAUACUCGCCAACACACAAUUUAUUGAGUUUUUCAACCACCAGUAGGCCACUCAUGGAUAAAUCCAAGAAAAGGAAAAUUUCAGAAGAACACAGAAGGUUUAAUUCAACAACAUGUGCUAGUUUUGUGGCCGCUGAAAAAAUAGUCAGGCACGGGAAGGGUUCUGUGGCUCCCGGUGUUUUCUUUUCUGUGGGAAACGGGUGCAAAUGGCUCUUUGAAUGUUUAAGGUUGCAGACCCCUGGUAUAGGUUCUGCUUGAGCAGGGGGUUGGAUUAGAAGAGCUCCAAGUUCCCUUCCAGGUUGAUUUUGAUUCUGAAUCCUCAAUCCUGCUUUUUCUUCUUUCUUCUUUCUUUUCUGCUAAGAA